AUGCUGGCACCCCGGUGGAUCACAACCGCCAUCUGUGUGUUGACCUGGAUCCAAGAAACCGGUGGUGAUUCACAGAAACAUCAAGUAUGCCUCGCGAGGGACUGGAAGGAAGCCGAAGCCCUUCUGGAAUGGCCCACCUGUGUCGAAACCCGAUGGGAUACAAGACCAAAUGCUGAAUUGACGCCGACGCCUUCAUCUCAAAGUACGCAAAAGGUCAUCAGCGAGACGAGCUCCGUUUCGAUUUCGGUAGCGGUAGAAGCAGCUUCAGCGUCAUCGUCAGCGGAACAAGAACUUGACACAGAUUCGCCGCUCGACAACGCGAACUUUCUCUCGUUUGAAGAUUGGAAGAAACAGAAUCUUGCCAAGGCAGGGCAAUCGGCGGAGAAUAUUGGCGGCAACCGGCGGGCCGGGGCCUCAGAGAAGGACCGCCGACGGCCUACGGGGAUAAACAAUGCGCUCGACUCUCUAGGGGAUGAUGCGGAGAUCGAGCUUGACUUUGGCGGCUUUGGAACUGAUGCGCCGGAGGCUCCCAAAACCGCGACUGCAUGGGGCGCUCAGGUCCAUUUCAGUGGGGGAGACGCGGCGCAGAUAGUCCCAGGUGCGGACAGUGAUGUUGUCGUCGAGGCUUCUGGACAGAGUGUCCCUCAUGCGGGUGGUGAGCGCUCAAAAGACGCUGGCACAACUUGUAAGGAGCGGUUCAAUUAUGCAUCCUUUGACUGUGCCGCAACAGUACUCAAGACAAACCCCCAGGCGAAGGGAUCAUCGUCUGUCUUGAUUGAGAACAAAGACAGCUACAUGCUGAAUGAGUGCCGGGCUCAGAAUAAGUUCUUGAUUCUUGAAUUGUGUGAUGAUAUUCUCGUGGACACUGUUGUUCUUGCCAACUACGAGUUCUUCAGCUCGAUUUUCCACACAUUCCGAGUCAGUGUCGCGGACCGUUAUCCCGCAAAGCCAGAUCAGUGGAAGGAGCUUGGUAUCUACGAAGCGAGGAAUACCCGCGAGAUUCAGGCCUUUGCGGUUGAGAACCCGCUCAUCUGGGCUCGAUACUUACGGAUCGAGUUUUUGACGCAUUAUGGACACGAGUAUUACUGUCCGCUGAGUCUGAUUCGUGUUCACGGGACGACAAUGUUGGAAGAAUAUAAGCAUGACGGAGAGGCGAGUAGGGCCGAGGAAGAAGUAGCUGGUGAAGUAGCUGAACCAGCUCCAGGGGCAGCAACUGCCGCAGAAGAUGCCACCAAGACUGAGGUGCCGCUGCGAGAGGCGCCUACUUUUCACAUUGGCAACGCUGAGAUACGCCCAUCCGAAACCUGCCCGAAUUUAGUCACGACAGUAGAGCAGAUAUUACUGGGUUCCACGGAACUCCAAGAAUGCGGAAUUCAGGAUGCCCCGAAAGAGUCUCCCACAUCUGAUGGGAAUAUUGACCCAUCACUUGGUCAGGCCUCGCCAGGGCCAAUUUCUUCGUCAUCCGGCGACGUCGCCAACGCCGCUUCGCCCGGGGCUGGAGAGAACAAAAUUUCUAGCCUCCAAGGGACAAACACUCCUUCUGGUGCAGGUACUGCCCCUGCAAUAGAUUCGCUGGAAACAACCCCUCAGGAUGUCACUACUAGCCAGGACACCCGGCCUAGUGGUCUUUCAAAGGAGGAGCAGAGUGCUGAGUCGAUUCGAGCGACUGCAACGCAACCGCCGACGGCUAACCCAACCACACAAGAGUCUUUUUUCAAGUCGGUCAACAAACGCCUACAAAUGCUUGAGACAAAUUCAAGUUUGUCUCUACAGUAUAUCGAAGAGCAGUCACGAAUCCUACGAGACGCGUUCAACAAAGUCGAAAAGCGACAACUAUCGAAGACAUCCACGUUCCUGGAGAACCUGAAUGGCACGGUGGUUAAUGAACUGAAGCAAUUCCGUGAGCAGUACGAUCAGGCGUGGAGAAGUGUGGCGUUGGAGUUCGAGCACCAAAGAAUACAAUACCACCAGGAAAUACACUCCCUGAGUGCUCAGCUGGGUGUCCUCGCAGACGAGAUAGUGUUUCAGAAGCGAGUAGCGGUGAUUCAGAGUAUCGUUGUGCUUCUCUGCUUUGGCCUCGUGCUCUUCACCCGCGGCGCGGCUGGCGGCUACAUCGAUUUCCCCAGCGUACAGAACAUGGUCUCGCGCUCGUACAGUCUACGACCUUCCUCUCCCAUGUUUGGUUUCGGGUCACCACCAGGAAGCCCACGUUCAACGCGACCGACAUCAUCCUACCGAACCACCCCCGGCCAUCGACGACAGAGAUCACAAGAUUCGCAGGACGGGUCGCUCAGUCCAACGAUGUAUGCGCCCCCAACCCCAACUUCAGACGACUCGAGACACGGACAAGAUGAACGAGACACUACAUCAUCACCGGAGCAAAACCAGUCCCCACCAGAUGCUGCACCCCCGUUGCUUAGAUCGAACAGCAGCCCACCCGACUUGAACGGAGAGAAUGAAGGAGGGGACGAGGAAGAGUCUGGGGGCUUGGAAUCUGGCUCAGAAUGUUCUGAUUCUGAACCCGAGGAAGAUGGCCCGUUGGGGAAAUCCCAGGUAUAA